AUGCCGACUGAUGAAUCAAGUAGCUCUAUGUGGAGUAGAGAACAAGAUAGGCAGUUUGAGAGAGCACUGGCAACUUACCCCGAAGACUGUUCAGAUAGAUGGGAGAAAAUUGCGGCCGAUGUUCCGGGUAAAUCCCUAGAAGAGGUUAAACAUCACUAUGACCUUUUAGUUGAUGAUGUCGACCGGAUUGACUCGGGCUGUGUGCCUCUUCCUAGUUAUAGUUCUUCGUCAGAUGGUUCGACUAACCAUGCCAGCGAUGAAGGAACUGGUAAAAAGGGUGGCAGUUUUGGGCACUUAAAUAGCGAUUCCAAUCAUGAAGGUAAGGGUUCCAAGUCAGAUCAGGAGCGCCGCAAGGGGAUUGCUUGGACAGAGGAAGAGCACAGGUUGUUUCUUCUUGGUUUGGAUAAAUAUGGAAAAGGUGACUGGCGAAGCAUUUCCCGGAACUUUGUGGUGACCAGAACUCCUACACAAGUGGCAAGCCAUGCCCAAAAAUACUUCAUCCGUUUAAACUCUAUGAACAAAGAUAGGAGGCGGUCGAGCAUUCAUGACAUCACUAGUGUCAGCAGUGGAGAAGUUUCAGUGCCAGAAGGUCCAAUCACUGGUCAAACAAAUGCUUCUGCGGUGGGAAGUUCGUCUGCCAAAUCAAACAAACAACCUCCUCAAGUCCCAGCUGCUUCUCCUGGAGUUGGGAUGUAUGGAGGAGCACCAACUAUUGGGCAACCAAUAGGAGGACCCCUUGUUUCUGCAGUCGGCAUGCCAGUGACUCACGUGGCAUAUGGUGUCCGAGCUCCAAUUCCAGGACCCAGUCCUCAGACUAGCAUGGGUUCUAUGACUUAUCCAAUGCCACACACAUCUGCCCAUAGGUGA